GGCUCCCACAAACACUUAGACUGAAAGCUUCACCCGGGUGGCUGGCUGUUUCCACACAUUCUCCAGUGGAAAUGUUUCCCAUACUGCAUCUGCUGUGUGUUCUGCUGCUCCACGUGACAGGUACCUUGGCUGAUGCUGAUCCUGUCCUCAAACAGAGUCUGCUUUCCGACCCAGUCUCUGUUGGCCAGACCGCCCGGUUGAAGUGUGUGCUGCAGGAUGAUAAUGUGGACACCUACGAUGUGCGUUGGUACCGACAGAGUCUCGGAGAAACCCCAGUGUUUGUUAUCCAGCAUAAGGUCAAUGGUGAAAUACACAGAGGUACCGGCUUCACUGACCGUUUCCAACCUUCACGAGACUCUCCUAACAACAGUUACAUUCUAACCAUCGGAAACGUGGUCUCUGGUGACUCUGCCGUCUAUUACUGUGAAGUGUGGGGUUACAUCUAUGGAGGUGGAACUGCCCUGAUCGUCCGGAGUAGUGAUGAUCAGAAACCAUCUGUCCUUCUGCUCCCUCCUUCGCCAGAAGAACUAGACACAGGAUCAGCAACUCUGUCCUGUCUGGUGAAUCGCUUUAAGCCAGGUUUUGUACAGGUUCUCUGGAGCGUGGAUGGAAAAGAGACAGACAGUGGGGUGACCACAAGCGCCGUGUCCCUGGACAGUGAUCAGAGCUACAGUCUGAGCAGUUACCUGAAAGUCCCGGCCACUGACUGGAAGAAAGGCUCCAGAUAUUCCUGCAGUGUGAGGCACGGUUCACUGAACUCACCUCUCCUCAACACCAUCAGCUCCAGGGACUGUUAGCUCGAAGGUAUACAGUGUCAUGGGUCAGUCACUUCGUGCAAUGUGGCGUUUUGUUGUUUGUUUUUGUUUUGCAAUGCAAUUUCUCAGCAAUAUCAGUAUUUGGUGAACAAUCUGAAUAUCGAAGAAUGUCAGAAAUCAGUGAAAUAAUUGUUCCAUUUGGUGAGUAGAGAUUUCCUGCUACAAUUGCCUCCAACAUUUUGCGUAUAAAGUUUCACUUUGGGUAGAACGGCGUGCAAUCUCCCCUUCUUGACAAUGACCAUGUUGUAUUUGUGAAGCUUGCAUGAAAGAAGAUCUGAAUAAAUAUGAAAUGGUACCACGAAA